AGCCUUCUCGGAGGAGGACUUUUCCUCUUCGCAGUAUUCCAUACAUCUGGGACUACUGAUGAGAUAUCGGAUUCGACUGUUCGUAUCCUCUACGGCGUGUUCACUGCGGUAUCAUUACUUGCUGCACUUACAUUGGCGCUGCUGCGAGUUCAGCCAUUGACCGACAGAGCUGAUGUUGAGAAAAGCCAUCCUGGUUUUUUCAUAGGUUCGACAAUUUCCUUGAUGUUCACUAAGGAAAUGCUUCUACUUGCAUUCGUUUUUGCAUAUUCGGGAAUCGAGCAGUCGUUUUGGACAGGCGUUUAUCCCACUUGCAUUUCUUUUGCGCAACACUUGGGGACAAAUACCAACUCUAUGCUAGCACUAAACUUGAUCGCCACUGGAAUUGGACAGACUACAGCAGGACUUGUAUUCGGGAUCCUUGGCGACAGAACGAAAAAACUUGGACGAGACUCUAUUAUAUUCUUGGGAACAGUUGUUCAUCUUGUGGCUUUCCUCUUGAUCUUCAUGAAUUUCCCCGCGAAAUCACCAUUACAAAAAACAGACGAUGCCGGUGGAUUGAUCGAACCAAGUAUUGCGAUAGCACUGGUUUGUGGAGCUCUUCUCGGGUUCGGUGAUGCCUGUUGGAACACACAAAUUUACGCUUUUCUUUGCGAUGUAUACGCUGAUAAAAGCAGUGAAGCGUUUGCACUAUUCAAGUUCUAUCAAUCUCUUCUUUCAUGCGCCGCAUUCUUCUAUUCAUCAGUACUGAUACUGCAGUGGCACCUGCUCAUUUUGGUGACCACUUCCAUGAUCGCUGCAUUCUGUUUCUUUCUUUCGGAACGACUGCUUGUCAGUGCUAGAGCAAAAGAAGUAGUUAGCACAAAUUAUAGGUUCUGA